AUAACAAAAAUUGACCAUUUUAGCCAUUUUUAAGUGUAAAAUUCAUUGGCAUUAAGUACAUUCACAAUGUUGUACAUCCAUCAGCACUAUCCAUUUCCAGAAUGUUUUCAUCAUGUCAAACAAAAACUGUAUCCAUUAACAGCAAUUCCCCAUUCCCUCCUCUUCCCAGCCCCUGGUAAUCUCUAUUCUAUUUUCUGUCUUUAUGAACUUGCCUGUUCUAAGUACGUCAUAUAAGCGGAAUCACACAACAUUUGUCCUUUUGUGUCUGGCUUAUUUCACAUAGUGUAAUGUUUCCAGUGUUGUAGUAUAUACUGUAGUCCCCCCUUAUUUGCAGGAAAUAUAUUCUCAGACCCCCAGUGGAUGCCUGAAACUGUGAAAGUACCAAACUCUAUAUUUACUGUGUUUUUACAUAUACAUACAUACCAAUGGUAAAGUUUAAUUUAUAAGUUAGGCACAGUAAGACAUUAACAACAAUAAGGUAGAACAAUUAAAAUAUACUGUGAUAAAAACCCAUGGUGUGAAUAUCGUCUCUUGUGGUCUCUCUCUCUCUCUCAAGAUACCUUACUUAUAGGUGCUCACCUAUUUUCAGACCAUAGUUGACUGUGGGUAAGUGAAACCAUGGAUAAAGGACUACUGUAUCAGAAUUUCAUGACUUUUAAAAGCUGAAUGAUAUUCUAUUGCAUGUAUAUACCGCAUUUUGUUUAUUUAACAUAUUUUGAGCAUCUACAUCAAAGUACUUAAUAAACUUUUAUUGAUGGCGAUGUAACUGUCUCUAGCUGGAGAGAAGAGUAGGCUAUGAAUUCUGUUGGAUGGGACAAAUAGUUGUGAAGUAUUUGCAGUGUGCAAUGUCUGUUUAGGAGCUGUUCCAGGAAAAACAAACAAAACUUAAGGAUAUGGUGAGAUCCUACAUUCAUUUGUCUUUUGUAUUUCUGUUUUAUGUGUGGAACCCAUUUUUUAGGCCUCCGAAGGGUUUACCUGACAAAAGUUUGAUCAACUGUACUAAUAGACUUCCCAAACUUCCAGUGUUGAAUUUGAAUGAGACGCAACUUCCCUGCCCUGAAGAUGUUAAAAAUAUGGUUGUGUUGUGGAUCCCAGAAGAAACAGAGAUACAUGUGAGCCAGCAUGGGAAGAAGAAAAGAAAGAACUCGGCAGUGAAAAGCAAGUCAUUUCUGGGUCUCUCUGGAAAUCAGUCCGCAGAAACACGAGUAGGAACACCAGGGAUGAUUGUGCCUCCCCCAACCCCAGUACAAUUGUCUGAACAAUUCAGUUCAGAUUUCCUACCUCUCUGGGCUCAAUCCGAAGCGUUACCUCAGGGUCUACUGAAGGAACUUUUGUCAGGUGGAAAACAAACCAUGCUCUGUCCGGAGAUGAAGAUAAAAUUGGCCAUGAUGAAAAAGAAUAUUCCCUUGGAAAAGAACCGACCUGACAGUGCAAUUUCUUCUAAGAUGUUUCUAUCUAUACACCGCCUCACCCUGGAAAGACCAGCACUGCAGUAUCCUGAACGUUUGAAGAAAUUACAUAACCUGAAGACAGAAGGUUACAGGAAACGGCAGCAGCAGCAGCAGCAGCAGCAACAGAGGAAGGUGAAAACACCUAUUAAGAAACAGGAGGCUAAAAAGAAAGCCAAGAGUGAUCCAGGGAGCCAGAGCACUUCACAUAAACAUCCAGUUACCACUGUUCAUGACCCUCUCUAUGGUUACAGAACUCUGCCAGGUCAGAACAGUGACAUGAAGCAGCAGCAGCAGAUGGAAAAAGAAACCACUUCGAAACAGGAUUCCACAGAGAGACCAAAGAUGGACUACUAUGACCAUGCGGAUUUCCACCACAGUGUAAAAAGUCCUGAAUUGUAUGAAACAGAACCCACUAACAAGGACAUUAGUGCUCCGGUGGAAGCUGUGCCAGAAGCCCAGGCUGCCAGGCAAAAGAAGAUCUCCUUUAACUUUUCAGAAAUUAUGGCUAGAACAGGCUGGAACUCCGAGCUCAAACUACUUAGGAUUCUUCAGGACACUGAUGAUGAGGAUGAGGAGGACCAGUCCUCUGGGGCAGAGUAAGAAGCCUCUGGAGGAAUAGGCUGAAGGCAUCCCCUGGGGCAGCUGUGUUCCAAAGCGGGAUGGCUGGUAUCCUGAGGGCAGCAACAUUUCACAUAAGGGCAAGAGGAGAGGGGCUUUUGCUCUCUGGAGCCUUUACCAGGGCCUGAGCUCUGAGCUUAGGGAUUCCGUUUUCUUUGUUCACCUCUACUUGCCUCUAAAAUAAAUGUAGGCGAAAAAUCCCCAGCCCUUUUAAAUUUAGAUUAUUUCUUUUCCAUUAGGGUCAGAAUAAUUUUGGUGAUUGAACACAACUGCUUCUCAAUCAAAA